UUGUUAGUUGCUGCACAGUCGCACGAAGACCGUCGAAAAGAACACAUCUUGAGUCGGCUGCGCGGAGCGCCGGCCGCCGACAACCCUUCCCAAACCUGGCCUUCAGUUUUGCCAUAUCAUCCGAGGCAAGAUAAAUCUAGGUGAGCUACACCGUUGUUAAACACCUUUAAGGUAUAGAAGUGGUUGUGAAAACCCAAGCUUGCGCUUCAAAAUAGACAGUUUAAAAGCUGGGGCCCAAUAUAGGCUUGCGUAGGCUACGCCUUGCGUACAACUCUGCCCCACCCUGGCCUUCAGCUUUGGCGUAUCAUCGAAGCGAUAAGCACUGAAGGUCACGUGAUGAGCGGAGAACCAGUGCAGAUCGUACGAGUGAGGAAUGGACGUGACAUUGAGUUUAACGAGGCUGCCCUCGAGGACAUCCUACUGGCGGACCAUGUAAAAGACCUUCCUGUAGUGGUUAUAUCGAUAGCCGGAGCCUACCGGCAAGGUAAAUCUUUUCUGCAAAACUUCUUCGUGCGUUACCUGAGGCACAAUGGUCAACCGAGCUGGAUCGAAGAGAUGGACACUCCUCUACGUGGCUUCGAGUGGCGCUCGGGCAGUUCCCGCGAGACAACGGGCAUACUGAUUUGGAACGAAGUGUUUGUGGUAAAAACAAUCGAUGGAGAUGAGGUGGCCGUUUUGCUGAUGGACACCCAAGGCACCUUCGAUGGCGAAUCAACUGUGCAAGAGAGCACUACAAUAUUUUCUCUCUCCAUGAUGACGAGCUCGGUGCAGAUUUACAAUUUGAUGAAGAACAUCAAAGAGGACGAUCUACAGAACCUUCAAUUUUUCGCCGAGUAUGGCAGGCUCGCGAAGAAGGAAACAGAAGCAACGCCCUUUCAGAAGCUUCUGUUUCUCGUUCGAGACUGGAGCUGGCCGAAAGAGAAAAAUUUCGGGUUCGAAGGAGGCAGAUCGCUCGUCGCGAGCCGUCUAGAGGUGAAAGACGGCCAGCAUAUUGAGCUUGCACAGUUGCGGCUGAACAUCAAAUCCUGCUUCGAGGACAUCGAUGGUUUCCUGAUGUGUGACCCUGGAGAGAAGGUGAUCUCCAAUGACGUAUUCGAUGGUCGUCUAGCGGACAUCAAAGAACCGUUCCGGGAGAAUCUGGCGCAGCUUGUGCCUGCUCUUCUGGCCCCGGAAAACCUGCUGGUCAAGGAGAUUAAUGGCCGAAAGCUAUCCUGCCAGGAGCUCAUGAUCUUCUUCAAGGCUUAUAUAGAUGUAUUCAAAGGAGGCAGUUUGCCAAUGCCGACGUCUAUGCUACUGGCAACUGCAAAUGCAAGCAACGUAGCAGCCAUGGACAAAGCCAGACAAUGUUACAUGUCGGGAGUAGCAAAUAGGCCUAGGAGGAAUCUGGAAAGACUGCGCGAGUUUCAUUGCCAGCAGCUGGAGGAGGCACAGAAGGUGUUCAGUGAAUUUCCAAAGAUGGGUGGCGACGCCAUAUCAUCAACAACUAUGGAUGUCCUCACAAAGGAGCUUGAAGAUCUUUUCAACCAACUCUUCAAGGAAGAGGAGGAGCUCAUUGAAAUUGAACAGGAAGAGGAGUUGAGAAGAGAGAGGGAGAGGCUGGAGGAGCUUAAAAGGGAAGAACAGAGGGAAAAAGAACGAAUUGAAGAGCAAGAAAGGGCGGAAGCAUAGAGAAGCGGAAAUGCGAAGAGAGAGGGAGGCAAUGAUGGAGAGGGAAAUAAGCCUGCGGAACAAAGCGGCGGCAGAACAAGCUGAACUGAUGAGAAGUAUGGAAGCAGAGAGAGCGCGCUGGUAGAGAAAGGGCACUAGCAAUGCACGUAGAACUGCAGAGAGAGAGAAAGGAAUUGUGCAAGAAGAUAGAAAAAUUGGAGGCGAGAGCGAAGGAGUCCAGGAGCAAUCCGCUCACAAGGACCUUUAAAGCAAUCGGAUGCGUUUUGGCAGCACCUUUUGCAGCCUUAUUGCAUCCGCCGGCUGCUGUCGAACUCAUCGAAGAGGCAGGAGAAGCGCUUUCAGGGGGAAGUGGGCCUGCCAUCAGAAUCACGUGAGCAGAAAAUCUUACCAUCGGAGUCGCAUGGUGGUUUCUUUUGGUUCUGAACGUUAUACAAACGAGCGUAACCGCUCAUCCAGCAGCCAAUUUAUUCAUUAUGCGCGCAUCCCAAUGGAAUAUGCGAGUCAUAGGAAUGAAGGAUGCAAGUAUUCAGUGACUUGCUAUUCAACUGCUUUUCUUUUACGUUUUUAAUUACUUUGCGAUGUACACUUUGAUGGAAAACAAAUAAAAUAUUAAAAACGUGUAAAAUGAAAGAAAUU